AUGUCCCUGAGUCCCUGCGGCAGUGACCUGGAGGUCCGCCCCAAGUCGCGACAGACAGCUACUAAGCGGGCGAUCGCCAAAAACACAAAGCGGGCGGCCCGCCUCUCCACCGGGCGCUCCCUGGAGCUACGCACCUCGCCCCCCACCCUGGGGUGCGGGGUCGCGACCAAUGCGCUGAGGCAGCUCUUCGUCGUGGAAAAAUCACUACAAAGUGACUAUUUUAAAUGCGAUGAACAAGUCAGAAAUUUUCUUAAGGACGUUGCAGAAGCCGUUAAAAAACUGGAAGAAAUGAGAAAAUCUACAAUUGAUCGUCUAGAAAUCGAAACCAUGGAACUCAGCAGACUGUAUUUUCUGUUGGAAACUCUUCCCAGUUGCUUUAGCAGAGAACUGGAAGAGUGUGUCAGAGAUGCCCGUAAAUUAAAUCUUUUUGAAAUAAAUAAAUUGCAUAUGAAAAAUAUAAGUCUUGAAAGGGAAAUAGAGUCGCUGAAGAAGAAAAUCGUUGAGCUGAAAGAAAACAACAUAUCUCUGGGGGAGAAGCAAGAGGCGUUAGCGAGGAAGCACGAGCGAUCGGUCGUGUUAUUCAACCACAUGUUGGAAAGAAAAGCCGCCUCUAUCAUUUUCAUAAAUGAUACCUACACCAAGAUAAACCUUGAAAAAGAGGAAAUUGAAGCACACAAAAGUUGCCUCGAAGAGACAAAGACGAGAAUGGAAGUGGAUAGAGAAGAAUAUCUGGCAAUGAAAAAAAGAAUAAGUGCCCAGAUGGAUGAAUAUAGAAGAUCCUUUGAUAGAAAAAGAAAGGAGGCACAUGGGAAGAAGAAAGAAUUGACAAAAUUAACCCUUAAAAUGUCAAAAAUGAGAGAAGCAGUUGCUUCCAGGGUUGUGGUUUCCAGUGAUCACAAUAUAGAGAUAGCACAGCUACAAGGAUCAAUAAAGGACUGGGAAGAAAAAGUCAGAGAAUUACAAAAUAUCUCUAAGACCCUAGAGGAUAAAAUAAGAUUUUUUGAUGGUCAUAAGGAAAAACUGGAUAGUGUAUCUACUGUUGAAAAAGAGGAAUUCCUGCACAAGAUCAAACAGGUGGCUGAAAAUCUGCACAAAACUCGUGGAGAGAAUAAAGAGCUACAAGACAAACUAGUUACUCUUGCCAGACAAUAUCAGCUGGUCUUAAAUGAGGAGGAUGAAAUUCUUUACAGGAAACGAAAGAUCCAGGAUGAAAAUGAGAGACAACUGGAAUUUAUUACUCAAAAAGAUAACUUUUUAGCGCAAAGAAGAGUAGACAUCAGAAACAUGGAAGAAGGAAUUGUCACACUGCAAGAACUUCAUCGAGCAAUGCAAGAAGUCUAUCGGAAACAAAUAAAAGUCAUGGGCGAUAAUAUAGAAAGAGAAAAUCAGAGAAGAAUUAUAACUCAGUGGAAAAUUGCUUGUAUGCUAAAAACGCAUUCCCGUUGGAAGAAGAACACAAAGACUCAGAUGCAAGAAAUUAGGGAUAAAAUCGAGUGGACUCAAAUGAGAAAAAUACAAUUGUAUGAAGAGACCAACACGAGACAAAAAGAGAUUGAUGAAUUUGUGGUACAGAUUGAAAAACUUACAGAGGAAUUGAAACAAGAGGAGGAGGAAUUCAUUAGCAAAGAAAAGCAGUUAAUUGAAGAGAUCAACAUUUAUGAGGAUCAAUUUGUUAAGGAAGCGCAAAUCAACAAAGAAAAGGAAGACGAGCUAGAAAUUGAGUACCGUCCACAACUUUAUGUGGCGGAAGAAAUGUAUUUGGUAAAAUACAAAAGGUUUCAAGAACUUGUCAAUAUUAUUACAGCACAAAAGAAUGAUGAGACUCUAUUAAGUAAUAAUAUUUCUCAGUUAACAAGAGAUUUUUCAAGAUAUGUUCGCCAAAUGGAUAUGGUGAAGAAAGAUGUACAAUAUUUACGAGAGCAAGAAAGCACUAAACUCAAAGAACACUUUGAAUUUCUAAAGAACUUAGAGAAUGAAAUCUAUGCACACGACUUUAUAACAGAACUCUUGCUCACAGAAAAUGAAAAAUUAAAAGCAUAUAUUUCAUGCCUGAAGAAAAAGACAGAGGAAUACAAAACAAGCAGAGAAGGACUCGCCCGGGCGUCGGGUGACCAGUCUUGGACCAUGAUAGUUAAGCACAAAAAAUAUAUGAAAUUGUGGGCUGAAUUUAAGGCUGCAACUAAGGUGUUUGUGGAUAGUGGUAAACAGAUGAUGCAAGAAAUAAACGAUCUAAUAGAAAAGCUGUCUGAGAGAGACGAAAAAAUUGAACGAAUUGGUAGUUGGCUGCAAGGGAAUCUUAACAAGCUGAGUGGACUGAGAGAAUGGAAGUCAUCUGAGGAACUAGAAAAGGAGAGCCCUAGUCCCUCUAAAAGACUGCGUUUCCGAAUGCAGUGUGGUGUGGACGAGACAGUGAUCAGCACACCAACUUCUAGGAAGUCAAACGACAUGACCUAAACUACAGACAGUACAACAAUCUGAACACGUCUCCUACCACAUUAUCUGAACAGAAGGCCUGUCACAUAGAAACUAUGCUCUAUUUUUACAUAUCAAAAUACUGUAUUGGCGAAAAUAAAGCCCAACAUAGUUUAUUUCCAUGUUUGCUAUCAGAUGACUCGUUGUGGGUGUGCAAUCACGGCGCUGCUGACUGCAGGCUACACUUCAGGUCUGUCCUCAUUUGAAAGCACAGACAGAGAGCUACGCUGUAGAUGCAGAAAUAUGACUGCCCUAAAACUAACUGAGCAGUCGAGAAAGGCUCCUUGGGAAGCUUCUAGUGUAAAAUAGCACAUGGAACAAAUAGUCAAAAAACAUUACGAUAUACUGAUGAUCUUAUGCCCAUGUGUGGCCGAGAGUACUGAUACUUUUUUAAAGAUUUCUUUACAUUUCCACUAAGAACACUUUAGAUUUUUUUUUUUUUUUUUGGCAUUUUACAUUCAGUGACCAUUGGCUCCUUCUGAGAGUAUCCGAGAAGGCUCGGUAAAUCUGGCGGUGAACAAGUAAAACAGCGCUGGUGUCGGUACCAAGGCUAAAAGAGGUAAGUCUUGUUCCAGCUUGUCCACUCUGGAAAUGGAGAUGAUCCCAUAGGCAUGGAGCAACCAGUGGCUGAAGAGAACAACAAGCCUUUUCUUCCUCACCAGAAGAUCAUAGCAGUUCUAGAGGGUUUAAGAGAAAAAUGAGAAAAUUACCAGGCUGAAUCAGCUAGAUGUUAUAUCUUAAUGUAAAAUAUGUCAUUUCUUUUCAGACAGGACCAAAGCCUGAGACCCACAUAUGCUUGAGCUAAAAGGGACUUAUCACCUUUCGCAAAUGAGAAAACUGAGGUCCCCCAGUCACAUCUGUUGCACACAGGUAGAUACUUCUUGAUUCAAGUGUGAAGAACUAGCUGAAGCACAUAAUCAUUUUCUACAGAAGAGAUUCACAGGGGACAGAAACGUAAGUUGCAUAUGAAUUUAGCAGUGGGAAAAAACCCACCCCAGCGCAUAGAGACCACAGUGGGCAGAGGAGAACUGCCCAGAGGGUUUCCAAGGCUGCCAAUCUACAAAGCAGCGUUCUCUGCGGAGGGGCUGAGGACCUCCAGCUCCUGACUCUCUGGUUAGCAGGUGAUCACUUUUAACCACUGCCCCACCAGUUCUUAGGAAAUCUUAACUACCAAAAGGAGUUUGAAUCCAAGAGACCAGACUCACUGACAGAGUUGAACUGUCCCUGUGUAUUUCCGAGUCUGUAAGCCUCAUCUUUCUGCAUUUUAUUCAAAUAUCUAAUAAUUUAGCCCCUCAAAGCUUUCUCUUGAAUUGCUGAAGGUAUAAA